GCGAUGGUCCUGCUGACGAAGAGCCCGUGCCCAAGAAGGCCGCCCGCAGUGGUGGGCAUGGUCGCGGGCGUGGAAGGAAAGCCAGGGAGGCUGCUGAUGCAGGCGGUGCCGACCAGGACAUCGGCGGCCUCUUCCACCUCCCAGGCGGCUCGGCCCCCCCGACCAUCGGUGAGAUGCGAAACCCUGACCUGGGCGAUGCCUUGCGCAAGCCUGGUGCGCCGUGCACGUGCCAGAGGUGCAAGGCUAAGUCUGUGCCCGAGACGGUGCCCCUCUCGGUCAAUGCGUGCGACCAGUGCUAUUCCCCCAUGCCGCACUUUCACGCCCUGGGCGUGAGCUUCGUCCAGGUUUGCGGCCAGUGCAGCGCUGACAAAGAGUUCGACGAGACCUUCGAGAAGCUGAUCAAGGUGGCUGACACGGACCCCGACGAGAGGCCUUUCCCGACGCAGAGCAUCAUUGCGCACAAGAGGUUGGGCUACACAGUCAUUGCGAACUUCACUGCCAAGAAGGAGAGCGACAUGAUGUCCACCGACGCGAAGGGCCUGGACCUCGAGGCUCUGGGCGAGAAGACGGGCACCAUCCCGAGUCCGUUCACUGGGGGGCAGAUGAACGACAUGGUCAUCACUAAAGACGACAGCGGGCCCUUCUUGCAGGUUAAGAUGUGGUGCAAGGUGGAGCUGGAAGACCAGAUCGUCAACAUGAGUCCUCAGAAGCGGGUGGCGGCAAAUCAGCCUGCGACGAUGUUCGACAAAGUCCGCAAGCUCCUCACCGAGUCCCUGCCCGUGAGCCUUCGCGGGGACAAGUUCCCCCCGACCCUGGAGUUCUUGAAGAAGAAGGCCCUGGGUAUGACUGCCCCUGGAGACGACGGUGUGGGCGCCAAAGGCAGCGGGCAGCCGCGCGGAGAUCAAGAUGGUGUCUCUGCAGAGCCUCCUGCUGGUAGCCGUGGACUCUUGGAGGCCAAUGCCGCGUCUGGCCAAGGUGCGGCCUCGCCUGCUGCGACGGGCGCGCGGGCCCCCGACGCAGGUGCAAGCUCUGUGCAUCCUGACGACGCCGCCGCAGAAGCUCCUCCGUUACUGGGCAUGCACGCGGGAUCGCCUGAGCUUCUGAGGCAGGCGCCAGGGGGGGCGAGGUCAGGAGGAUCGAUGACUGAGUUGUACCAGAGCCCCUGCGACACCGAGAGCGUGGUGAGCGAUGGCACCGCGACCACAGCGGGCGGCAACAAGAGGUAUAAGCGGAACCUCACGGACCAGGAGAAGGCGAUCGACCUCAUCAACCGAUUGGAUGCUGGCCAGGUUCUCCAGGGUAAGUACAACGGCUCCGACGUCUAUGCAGCAACGCGUUUCGAGGACUCGGCGAAGGUCGACUCUUGCAUCUCGAACGUUCGGCGCGCCAGGCUCAAGUACGAGCAAGCAUACAAGAUUGUGAACCCAGGAUCCGUGGAAAAGGGCGUCUUGUUCAAGGCCCUGUGUGAGCUCAAGAAGAAGGGGAUGGUAUUCCCGCCAGCCUACGCGGUGAAGCUGGUCCAACUACGAGUCAAGAGCGCCAGCGUCACGGAGGACAUCGCUGAUGCGAUCAUGCCUUUCAGCAUUGAUGGCCUAGAGGAUUUCGCUGACGAUUUGGAUGGCGACGGCGGCGGCUCCAACUUCGAUUGCCUGAACCCUCGCCUGCGGGAUAUCCCUACACCUGAGCCAGCUGCCUUCGUCGCCAGGUUUCGGGCGGUGGCCUCGGAGUACGUCGUGAUGCCCUUGGUCAAGCAAGGCCAGUCGGGGAGGUAUCUCAAUGCGAGGCUAGUCGACGAUAUGGAACACAUCUUGGAAGACGCGACCGUCGACAAGUAUGCAGGCACGCCACAGGAUUACGACAUUCUCAAGAACUGUGCCCUGGAGUUGAUUACCAUCCUGCGCCUUCUGGGGUCACUUGACGCGCCAGGGGUCGACAAGCUUGUGAACUUGGACAGCCUGAUUGUGAAGAAGUUCUUGGACACCGAGGACAGCAAGUUCUGGGCUCCAGCGCUGGCACUUUUUAUGAGACACAGGGCGGACGAGUUCGACCUCGCUCCCAAGGUUGUCCACCUGAUGAAAACGCUUGAUGACAUUCCGAGUGGGGACAAGCAGGAGUUCUUCAAGGGCAACGUGGCUGAGUUGACACGCAUUGCGAAGCUGUGCAGGCCGACCGCUUGCGACGUGGCGUGGGCCAAGCUGCUGGAUGCCAUAAACACGUGGCUCCGUGCCCGCAUCGCCGUCGAGGAGCUCGAAGUUAAGGAGAUGGGCGACGUCGACCGCUUCAUCGAGGAGCUGUGCAACUCGACUAGCUUUGAGGAGUGCUCGAGUCUGAAAGAAAGGAUCGACGUGCUGCGCAGCAUCUCCUUGGCAAAAUACGAAGACAUGAAGCAGGUCGACGGUUCCAAGCAAGCUGUGCUGGCUUUGCGGAGGUUCGCCUCUGCCCCGACCGUCGAUAACACGAACGCUCUCAAGAAGACGACCUACCAGAGGCAGCUCCACUUCACCGACGCGGACCACAUCGAGACAGUUCGCCAUGCCAUGGUAACGGUGAACACGGCUGCCAUGGCGAGCAUUAGCAAGUACUCAGAACAGGUCUCGGUAUCUCCCGAGUGGGCCAUGGACAUCAAGCUUCACAAGGAGCAGCUCACCCUCAUGAGCACCAGGGUCAAGACGUUCGUCGCCGACGAAGGGUGGCCAGACACAUACAAUACGGUGUUGGCGGGCCUCCUCUCCGACAAGCUGAACACGAUCGCGAUGGCCAUCGAUCUCCUCGCAGAGGGCGAGACCGCGGAGCAGCAGGUAGUCAGCGACAACGGCUUCGAUGCAUUCCAGGCCUUGCACGCGGUGUAUCUGGAGAGCGGCCGCGAGCGCUGGAAGGAGAAACUGACGCUCGACGGUUCCGCUUCUUGGUCCGACGUCGGGGUCCAGACGAAGUACGCCGAGUUCUUCCUCAUGGAGUCGACGCCCGCAGACCUCUUCGCCACCAUCGGGAAGAUGCUGGAGGACUUCAAGCGCGCGGGGAUGGCCGAGGUGACGGCGCAGCUCGGCAAGAUGGCGGACUCCGUGGACGCUCAGAAAGGAUCGGGGGAGGCAGCGAAUGUGCAAUAA